GUUGCUGUAUCUAAUUUUCAAGCGGUUUAAAAGUUUAGAUUUCUGUUUGGAUUGGGGGGGAGGGGCAUUAUUGUUACCUUGUAAAAUUUCCCGUUUUAAAACACAUCCUUUACUCAGGAAUCUUGUAAGACGUGAAUACCAAAAUCUUCCCAAUCUCUCCUAGGUACAUUCUUGGGGAGACUGCAUGAAGCCUAUUUCCCUUCACCAGAAGGUAAACGGCAGUGAUACAGACCACCCGUACUCUCAUGAUCACCAGUAUUACACAAAUUUACCCAACACGAUAAAGGUACAGGGAUGGGGUCGGGGGAGUUGAGUUUAGAAGUUGAUUACGAUUAAAGGACUCAAGGAGGUGGAUCCAGGGAAGCAGCAAGGUGGUCAUGUUACUGGAUCCCAAUAUGAAUUAAUCGGAGUGUUAAGGUAGAAGAAACCAGAAAAAAUGUAAGGUGUCCGAACGGUGAGAAGCAUGACACAUUAAAGCUAAGCACAGCUAUAUUACGUUCCACAGCUCUUUUAUAAAUGCAAACCCUGCAGGGAUUCACAACCGAAAACAGGCGCCAGGGAAGGUCUGCAAUGGCCCUGCAGGUCGGACCAGCCAGGAGGCCUGGAGGCUGUGAGCACAGGUCACGGGGAGCCCUCGGGCGGCCACAGCGAGCGGCCAGGUCUCCACGGCGCCGUUUCCUGUGUCCGCGGGCGGGCAGUGACUCGGUACCGCCCAGGGCGUCAGCGUGACCCGAGGCUCAGUGAACCCUGAACUCACCGCCCCAGCCAGCUGCACACAGCCGGGCAGGCGCUUUCUCGCGCACGGGGGUGGGGCUUUUUCAGGCUGCUAACUAAGAUGGUGUCGGCUGGACUUCCCGGGACAGCUGCCUAAGGGGAUCGCGGGCCAACAGCCGGAGGGACCACCGAGCCCAUUGUCCCGCCCCGACAGGACCGUGCGGAGCCCGCAAGUUCCAGACUCGAAGGACCGAAGCGCCGCCAAGUACGCCGUAGGACCUAACAAAUGUUUAAGAGAACGCCGAAAGCGCGGGGAGGCGGGCCGGACCCACUGUCACCAUCUCGCGACAGCUAAGUGACGUCGCACAGCAAGCGCGUGCUCUAGUCUUUCACCUUCAGACGCCUCAGUUUGUGGGCCUGCUCCUUUAAGUAAGUGAUGGACAGCGCUUUUGCCCUAUCAGUUUCCUGGUCAACAUCCAAUCAGAUUUAAACUUCCUCCAGCCGCCGGAGAAGUUGGAAGACUGGGGUCGAAAGAGAGCGAGAGAGUGAGCGAGGGGAGCUCUUUGUCUCUCGCGAGAUUGGGGAGAGCCAAGCUCUCAGAAGAAACGCCAGAACUGAUGUCCAGACUUCCCAAGUAGGGGUUUAAAGGACGUGGUCACAAGCCAAUGAAAGGGAAGAGAAGGUGGGCUCGCUGCUUUCGCCGUGCGAGAAGUACCGUUACAGGGCAGACUUUUUGUCCAAUCAACGCCUCCAGGCUUUGGGUCAGGUGACCAUGAAGUGCGAGGGGCGGAGCUACGGCCUGGCGCGAGGAACCGUUAAGACAGACAACGAAUAUAACCAAUGAGGUACUCCGAUUAGGGCGUUGGGAACCCAAUAACAGCGUCGAGGCGGGCGCCUUCCCGGAGCGCGGGGAGAUGUAAAGACGGACAAAUACUUUUUCCAAUGAGAAGGCUGAAGAGUGAAUUAAUUGACCAAUGAGGUCCGCGGGGCGGGAGCCUUUGCCGCGGCGGAGUCCAAGAUGGCGGCGUGCGAGUCCGCUGUGUGAAACGAGCGCGGGGUGGCGGGUUAGUCAGCUCCGCAGAGACGACCUCCGGCGACCCUCCACAAUGAAAGGCAAGGAGCGCUCGCCGGUCAAGCCCAAACGCUCCCGUGGUGGCGAGGACUCCAGUUCUCGCGGGGAACGGAGCAAGAAGUUAGGGGGCUCUGGCGGCAGCAAUGGGAGCAGCAGCGGGAAGACGGACAGCGGCGGGUCGCGGCGGAGCCUUCACCUGGACAAGUCCAGCAGCCGAGGGGGCAGCCGCGAGUAUGACACUGGUGGGGGCAGCUCCAGUAGCCGCUUGCAUAGUUACAGCUCCCCGAGCACCAAAAAUUCCUCAGGCGGGGGCGAGUCGCGCAGCAGCUCCCGGGGUGGAGGCGGGGAGUCACGUUCCUCCGGGGCCGCCUCCUCCGCGCCUGGCGGCGGGGACGGCGUGGAGUACAAGACCCUGAAGAUAAGCGAAUUGGGGUCCCAGCUGAGCGACGAAGCGGUGGAGGACGGACUGUUUCACGAGUUCAAACGCUUCGGUGAUGUAAGUGUCAAAAUCAGUCACCUCUCGGGUUCUGGCAGCGGGGAUGAGCGGGUAGCCUUUGUGAACUUCCGGAGGCCAGAGGACGCGAGGGCGGCCAAGCAUGCCAGAGGCCGCCUGGUGCUCUAUGACCGGCCUCUGAAGAUAGAAGCCGUGUACGUGAGCCGGCGCCGCAGCCGCUCCCCGUUAGACAAAGAUACUUACCCUCCGUCGUCCAGCGUGGUCGGAACCUCUGUGGGUAGCCACAGGCACGCCCCAGGAGGAGGAGGUCAGAGAUCACUUUCCCCUGGCGGUGCUGCCUUGGGAUACAGAGACUACCGGUUGCAGCAGUUGGCUCUUGGCCGCCUGCCGCCUCCACCCCCACCACCAUUGCCCCGAGAGCUGGAAAGAGAACGAGACUAUCCGUUCUAUGACAGAGUGCGCCCAGCUUAUAGUCUUGAGCCAAGGGUGGGGGCUGGAGCAGGUGCUGCUCCUUUCCGAGAAGUGGACGAGAUAUCACCCGAGGAUGAUCAGCGUGCCAACCGGACACUUUUCUUGGGCAACUUAGACAUCACUGUGACAGAAAAUGAUCUGAGAAGGGCUUUUGAUCGUUUCGGAGUCAUCACAGAAGUGGACAUUAAGAGGCCUUCUCGUGGCCAGACCAGUACCUAUGGUUUUCUCAAAUUUGAGAAUCUAGACAUGUCUCACAGGGCCAAACUAGCAAUGUCUGGCAAAAUUAUAAUUCGGAAUCCAAUCAAGAUUGGUUAUGGUAAAGCCACACCCACUACCCGACUUUGGGUGGGUGGCCUGGGACCUUGGGUGCCUCUUGCUGCCCUGGCACGAGAAUUUGAUCGAUUUGGCACCAUACGAACCAUAGACUACCGAAAAGGUGAUAGUUGGGCAUAUAUACAGUAUGAAAGCUUGGAUGCAGCUCAUGCUGCCUGGACCCAUAUGCGUGGAUUCCCACUUGGUGGCCCAGAUCGUCGCCUUAGAGUAGACUUUGCAGACACAGAACAUCGUUAUCAGCAGCAAUAUCUUCAGCCUCUGCCCUUGACUCAUUAUGAACUAGUGACAGAUACUUUUGGACAUCGAGCACCUGACCCUUUGAGGAGUGCUCGGGAUAGGACACCACCCUUACUAUACAGAGAUCGAGAUAGGGACCUUUACACUGAUUCCGAUUGGGUGCCACCCCCACCACCAGUUCGAGAACGCAGUGCUCGUGCUGCAGCUAGUGCUGUGACUGCUUAUGAGCCACUGGAUAGCUUGGAUCGAAGGAGGGAUGGCUGGUCAUUGGACAGGGACAGAGGUGAUCGGGAUUUGCCCAGCAGCAGGGACCAGCCAAGGAAGCGAAGGCUGCCUGAGGAAAGUGGAGGACGGCAUCUGGAUAGAUCACCUGAGAGUGACCGGCCACGAAAACGUCACUGCACUCCCACUCCUGACCGAAGUCCAGAACUGAGCAGUAACAGAGAUCGCUACAACAGUGACAAUGAUCGAUCCUCCCGUCUUCUUUUGGAAAGGCCCUCUCCAAUCAGAGAUAGACGGGGCAGUUUGGAGAAGAGCCAGAGUGACAAGCGAGACCGUAAAAACUCUGCAUCAGCUGAACGGGAUAGGAAGCACCGGACAGCUGCUCCUACAGAGGGAAAAAACCCUCUGAAAAAGGAAGAACGGUCUGAUGGCAAUGCCCCCAGUGCCAGCACUUCUUCAUCAAAACAGAAACCUCCUUCCCAGAAACAGGACGGAGGGACAGCUCCUGUGGUGGCAUCCUCUCCCAAACUCUGUUUGGCUUGGCAGGGCAUGCUUCUACUGAAGAACAGCAACUUCCCUUCCAACAUGCAUCUAUUGCAGGGUGACCUCCAAGUUGCUAGCAGUCUACUUGUAGAGGGUUCAACUGGAGGCAAAGUAGCCCAGCUCAAGAUCACUCAGCGUCUCCGUUUGGACCAGCCCAAGUUGGAUGAAGUAACUCGUCGCAUCAAAGUGGCAGGGCCCAAUGGUUAUGCCAUACUUCUGGCUGUACCUGGAAGUUCUGACAGCCGAUCCUCCUCUUCCUCAGCCACAUCAGACACUGCCACCUCUACUCAGAGGCCACUUAGGAACCUUGUGUCCUAUUUAAAGCAAAAGCAGGCAGCUGGGGUGAUCAGCCUCCCUGUGGGAGGCAACAAAGACAAGGAAAACACCGGGGUUCUUCAUGCCUUCCCACCUUGUGAGUUCUCUCAGCAGUUCCUGGAUUCCCCUGCCAAGGCACUGGCCAAAUCUGAAGAAGAUUACCUGGUCAUGAUCAUUGUCCGUGCAAAACUGGUGAACAGCGGAUGAAGAUACGGAAUUCAAAGCUCUAAUGGACCUUUUUGAAGAGAAGUUGUGGCUUAUGUGGAGUUUACAUGGGCCUCUGAUGGAAGAAAGCUAAUCUGUUUAGUAUUUUGUGCAUUUUACUAAAAUGGCAGCUUAACAUUGUGUAUCUGCUAUUGUGAUGCCAAUGCCGGUGUUUUAAGUGGAAAAAUGACCUCUUUGCUUUGUGCUGUGUACACAAGAUUUCUGGAAAAGUAAAGGAAAACCCUUUUUAUGGCUCACACAGCUUAAAAGUAGCUGUCACUCAAACAUGGGCUCACAGUUGAGCUGCUUUUGUUUUAUUCUAAAUAAAUUGUUUCUUUUGAGGAAAAUGUU